AUGAUUCGUUACCAGAUAGUUAAUAAGAAUGUAAGAAAAAGGGGAAAGGAAAAAGGAAGGUUUUUGGUACACAGGAGGAGGGAGAGGGAGAGGGAGAGGGAGAGAGAGGAGGUUGUCUGGACAGUGCUCCGACUGGGUAAUAGAUCAGGGGCGCGCGAAGACACAAAAGACACGGACACGACAGGACACAAUACGGCAUCACCGGUACCUGACCUGAAUCUGUUCCCGUCGUCGUCGUCUCCAGUGUUUCCAUCGAAAGAGGCGAGGUGCGAUGGUUUACACUCUAAAGGAUCGGGCGGUGAUUGGUUGGUGGAGUCGCAAAGGGGUCUGGGCGGACGGAGAAUGGGACGAGAUAGACAGCAACAUCCAACUUUAACCUCAACCUCAACCACCAAUACCCAACACACCAACACAUCUACACCUCUACACCUCCUCCUCCUCCUCCUCCUCCUCCUCUUCUUCUCUCCCGAACAUGCGCACACCCACGACCUCCUCCUCACCUGCCGUCGUCUUCUGAGCAAUCCAUCCACCUACCCGCCGGGUCAUGCUCAACCUUAUCCUUACGCCAUCUUCGCCUGCAUCCUCGUCUUCGCCUACGCCUACACCUACACAUCUCCCCGCGGCCACCGCCUCUCCUCCUCCUCCUCAUCCUGCUCAUCCUCCUUGACGCCCGCCCCACACCAACUCUCGCUCUCUCGCUCUCUCGCUUUCGCUCUUCGUCACGCACUCGUUGUCACUGCCACCUACACGAUACACUAUACACUAUACACUGCCCAUCGUACAUCCAUAUCUGGCACCCCCCAUCCUGCCGUUCCAUGGUGGCAGCGUGCCGACCCUGGCGCUGUCCUUGAAGAGCGUGGCAGUCUCGGCUGCUCGCCACAGGCCUCUCUACCGUCUACAUUCCUCGAGCAACCAUGCAGGCCCCGUCUCCCUCCACAGGCCUCCGACCGAGCACGGGAGCUCGAGAGAGUAUACCAGAGCCGGCGCGGCCAUGCGCCGCAACUCUCCAUAAGCGAUGAGAGUCACCAUGUCACCGAAGCCAUCGGCGACAUGUACGGCGGCGACGACCACUAUUCCAAGCGCAACUCCCGGCCCUUGAGCUUUAUCAGUUCACCGUUGGGCGACAAUCUCACUCUCGAACAGCAGCCGCCGCUCUCGCCCUUCGAUCCCUUCCCCUCCGCUCCUCCCAAAUCUCCUCUCCGCGCCCAAGUCAACCACAACGAACACAAGCCUGGAACACCGGCGAGCUCCAACGGCAGCUCCAAUGCUGCCUCGCGGAGAACCUCCAUGGGCAGCGGCCCGCGCUCCCCUCCCUUGUCUCGCACGAAUUCAGACACUGCUGUCCAGCAGUUCCCGCUGAAUGACAUCGACUACGAAUCCAGUCCCGCCGGUCUAGCCCAGGAAUUGAGCAAUCUCCAGGCUAUACGGCGUAUGUCGAUGGAUGUGAACACCGCGGACCCCGAUCUACCCUCCUUCAAAUCGUUCAAUCUGCCCGCCUCCGCGCCGCAACAUUUCUCCGAGGACGAGGAGGAACAGGACCCGUCCAAGCUGUUUUGGGUACCCGCACGAUUACAUCCGGAGCUCGCGCCCAAGGAAUUCAAGACUUUCAUCGAAGAGAAGGUGGACAAGAUCCGAAGGCGUUCGGGAGAUGCAGAUUCCUUAUCACCGGAUAGUAUGAGUCGCCAGGGCUCGACGGGGGGAGGCUUAAGAAGAAAGAAAUCUAUGCUGUCGAGGCAGAUCGACAGUGGGAGCGGCUACAAGGAUGGCGCUGAGCGGUUGGAGAGGAAGCGAUCCGGUCACCAGCAGCCAAAUGGCGGGCUACCCCAACUUCACGAGCUCGAACACAUCGUGGAAGACCCGACGACUCUGAUUCGGCGAAUGAGCAUCGACGGUGCGGACGCAGAGGAUCCCAUGAACCAGGAUAUGCCAAUCCUCCCCGUCAAGCCAGCCGGAAUGGGCACUCUCAAGCGGUCGACUCGAACGAAUUAUCGACGAGGCAGUAUACGCAAGGGCGAGCGUGUGCCCAUUUCGAGGCGCGUCAUUACACGGCCGGCCGAGACCGACGCAGACGAUUCUCCAAAUUCAUCACCGGUACUGCAACAGGGAGAGUUUACCCACGGUGGGCUUACUAGAGUCCAGUCUGAGCCUGUCAACGCUGCUGAGAACUUCUCACGGCCACAUCGCAAGCGCUCGCCUCCGCUUGCCCAAAGGUCGGGGUCUGUCGAUGAUUUCGUGCAGCCAGAACCCGCUGAAGAACGAAAAACACCCCAGCAACCGAGGGCUUUCCAUUCACGAAUUGCGUCGAAUGGAAGGACGACCGCCCCUCUACCUGGAUACAACCCCAACCCAGUGCCACAGAUUGUUGAAACCCCACCUCCGCCCGAACCACGGCAAGACCCAUGGAUGCACCAACAGGUGCAAUUGCCGGAACGCGGCUCCUCACGCCAACCUCCCCCUCCGAACGCACAGUAUCAACAACAGCCUCAGGCACAACAACAGCAACAGCAGCAAAUUAAUCAACAGCCUCCACCUCGCCAACAGCAGCAGCAAAUGCCUCCUUCUGCCCCGCAACAGCUUCGACACCCUCCACCUCGGCAAUCUUCAAAUCGGCCAGACCCUCGCCAACAGCAAACUCCCAUCAAGCCGGCUCAAACUUUCGACGAGCUCGUCUCGCACCCUUCGCCUCUUCCCGUCAAUGGAACUCGAGUCGACCAACUGUCCAUCAUCCCCAGCGCUCCCGAGGAGAAGAAAUCGGAUAAGAAGAGUAAGAAGAAGGAUGACGAUGAAAAAUCGCGAAAGACAAGUUGGGGUUGGUUGUUGGGUAGUGACGAUAAGGAGAAGGAGAAGGAGAAGAGCAAGAGAGAGUCGGAAGAACGGGACAAGGAACUCGCAAAGAAGGUGAAGAAUAAGUUGAGCAAGACGCAAGAAAAGAGCCACGAUAACACCCGCCUUGAUGUGCUCCAGACGUCCAUUGAGGGCUCACAGCGCCAGGCUCGUGGGCGGGAGAGCAUCGUCAUUGAUCGCGAAAGUGUCAAGCUCGAGGAGGAGCGGAAAAAGGAGAGUUCGAGGAAAUCUUCUGGAGAUGCAAAGAAAGAGAAAGAAUCUGGCCUGUUCUCAUCCAUCUUUGGCGGCAGCAAGAAGAAGGGCGAGAAGGAAUCGUCACACAAGAAGGGCAAUUCCAUGCGAGGCCUCUCCCCCGAGCCUCCGCCUAGAAUCCUCAAACCAGACAUCGACUACAACUGGACUCGUUUCUCGAUCCUCGAAGAGCGAGCCAUCUACCGCAUGGCACACAUCAAACUCGCCAACCCACGCCGCGAAUUGUACUCCCAAGUGCUACUGAGUAACUUCAUGUACUCUUAUCUCGCCAAGGUCCAACAGAUGCACCCACAAAUCCAGAUUGGUACAUCUAAGCAGGCCAAGCAAACCCAGCGCCAGGCCGAGCAGCAACAGCAACAGCAGCAACAGCAGCAGCAGCAGGCGCAGCAACAAGCGCAACAGUUACAGCAAUUGCAAAUGCAGCAUCAUCAGCAGACGCAGCAAAAGAAGGACCAGCCGGAGGAGUUCUCGCAAUAUCAACGAUAUCAGCAGGUAAGCGAAUCGGCGGACUCAGAUAGACAUGCGCUGAUUAGCGCGAAGCAACAGGAUCAACACGAACGGGGAAGCAAUGGUGCGAAUGCACAAUAUGAAGGUUAUGGUUCAGAUCGAGAUCAGUCAGAUGAAGAGCAACACCAGCGCUCAAGUUCUCAAGACUAUCAGCAACAGCAACCACAACAACAGUAUAAUCAACCGCGAGAUUCACACCACUCGCAAUAUAGCAGUAAAUCAAACGGCCAAUAUAGCGUCGCCAGUGGGCAGAGCUACCUCGGCCAUCCGAACGGUGGCAAGUCCCAGUCCCCGUACUACGGCGGCGGCGGUUACAAUGACGAAUCGGAUCAGAGCAGUAGGGAUGACGACAUGUGGUGA